AUGGAUAUUGAUGACAAAAAAGACAUGUGCAGUCCUUGUAUAUUCAAAAGUAAAACAAAAGAAGCUUCAAGUUGGUGUGUUGACUGUAAAGAGCCUCUAUGUGUUAGCUGUUAUGAAAACCACUUUGCACAUAUAUCAUCAAAGGACCAUCAUGUUAUACCAGUAGAAGGGAUCCACCUGCUAAAAUCACUAUAUAUACAUCCUGAUGACCAUUGUAAAGAUCAUAAUAAAGAAAAAGACUUAUAUUGUUCCUCACAUAACGAGAGGAUAUGUUUUACAUGCACACAGACUACUCAUGACAAAUGUGAGCCAGCUGUCCAAAUGAGUGAAGUCUCUAAGAACGCCAAGAGUUCAUCAUUCGUUUCAGAAUUAGAAAACAAUGUGAUUGUCGCCAUUGAAGGAUUAAAAGACAUUAUAAAAGAUCGAGAAAUCAAUAAAAAAGAACUUGAAAACCAAAGGACUGAAAUCGUAGAAACUGUUAAAGAUAUUAGAAAAUGCAUUAAUGCUCAACUUGACCAGUUAGAAAAGAAAGUUACUGACGAUUUAAAUGAAAAAUUCGAAAAAUAUAACUUGGAAAUCGAUAAGACUGUCCAUUUCCUUAACGAUCAUUUAAAUGGAUUUAAAAAAAUACACAAAAACAUAAAUGUUUUGAAAGAAUAUGCGUCAGAUACACACACUUUUAUAGGCGCAAGAGCCCUCGAGAAAGAUCUUUAUUCCGAAGAAGUAAUGGUAACAUCGUUUUUAACAAAAAUUCAAAGCAUUAGCAUUGACAUCAAAAAGAAUCAAGACAUAUUUGUUACGUGUGGGAAUCUAACGUCAUUCGGGGAUGUUCAAGUUAUUAAAGAAGAUAAUGAUUACAGUAUUUUUAAGACAAUCAAGGGCCAAUAUCCUGUAAACGUUGAAUCAAAAAAUAUUUCUAAAUUUAUCAAAGCUUUGGAAAUCAAAAUACAAUCAGGAAGCAUUAUAGAAAAUUGUGCCAUACUUCCAAACAAACAGAUGAUUUUUGUAGAUUCACGUGCUGUUAAUAAAAGAUUAAUUCUUGUCAAUGAAGACGGUACUUUUGAUCGCAAUAUCAAAUUGACCAGUAGGCCAUUUGAUAUCGCCGUGCUUGGCAAUGACAAAAUUGCCCUGAGUUUUCCAUGGAGUGCACGCAAAAGAAUCGAAAUAACCAAUACAACCAAUGACCGAUCGGAACACGAAAUCUUUUUCAAAAAUAUGUGUUAUGGUAUGUCCUACUUUAAAGGUAGACUGUUUGUUAUCGUCAAGAACGAAGGGAUUUUGAUUAUGGACUUGGGUGGACAGUUAUUUUCUUCGUUACCGAUUGAAGGUGAAGGACUAUUUCAUAUUCACGUUACAAAUGACAGACUAUACUGUUCGGACAAUUGCAAUGACACAGUACAGUGUUAUGAUUUAAAAGGAUGUGCUGUCUGGACACAUACACAUUCAAAUUUGAGAUCACCAAGGUCUAUUUCAUCGAACGAAAAUUACAUUUUUAUAGCAGGGUGUAAGUCAAAUAAUAUUGUGUCUACAAACUUGAACGGGGACAUUGCCAAAGUAAUUUGUAACAGCUACCAUGGGAUUAAGGAUCCGACAAGUGUAUUUGUUGACACACAUCACCUUUUAAUAUGCAAUGGUAAAAAUUCUAAGGCAUUUUUAUACAAGAAAAAUUAA